UCAUUCAAGAGAAGUAAAAGUAUAUAAAAAUAAUAAUAAUCAAAGAGGAUAUGAUGAAGAACUUCAAAAUUUCCAUAAUUAUUUCAUUCCUAUAUUUUCUAGCGGACCUUGUUGCAGCUCAAUCCGGGGUCUUUGACAUAACAAAAUUUGGUGGAGCACCAGAUGCAGAUAUCACCAAGGCUUUCACCACUGCUUGGAACGAAGCAUGUGCAUCAACAACUGCCGCCAAAAUUGUGAUUCCGGUUGGUACAUACAAGAUGGGUUUAUUAGAAGUUAAAGGUCCUUGUAAGGCUCCUGUUGAAGUUCAAGUCGAUGGCACAAUUCAAGCACCUCCGAACAAUGCUGACCUUAAAGGAGCUGAACAAUGGAUCAGGUUUGAUGGUAUAGACUCCCUUACCGUAUCUGGGAAAGGAGUUUUUGAUGGUCAAGGUGCAACUGCAUGGAAAGAUGCCUCAAUUGCUUGGAAAGAUAAAGAUCAUGGAAAAGGUUCCAAACUACGCGCAAUUAAUGUGUAUUUUGCAAACUGCAAAAACUGCUUGGUCACUGGUGUUACAUCUAAGGACAGCAAAUAUUUUCAUUUUAUGGUUCUGGGGUGUACCAAUAUCAAAUUUGAUGCCGUCAAAAUUAUAGCUCCUGAUGAAAGUCCUAACACUGAUGGAAUCCACUUGGGAAGAUCAAAUGGUGUUACAAUUAUUAAUACCGACAUUGGCACUGGAGAUGAUUGCGUAUCAUUGGGUGAUGGUAGCAAAAAUGUAACUGUCGAAAAUGUGAAAUGUGGACCUGGACAUGGUAUUAGUGUUGGAAGCCUUGGAAAGUAUCCAAAUGAAGAGGAUGUAGCAGGUUUUAUAGUUAAGAAUUGUACUCUUACAAAAACUGAAAAUGGUGUGAGGAUUAAGACUUGGCCUGAUACACCAGGAAAAAUUACUGUUAGUGAUAUGCAUUUUGAAGAUAUUACCAUGAAUGAUGUCAUGAACCCUGUCAUCGUUGAUCAAGAGUAUUGUCCAUGGAAUCAAUGUUCCAAAAAGAAUCCAUCACAAAUAAAGCUAAGCAAGGUUACAUUCAAGAACAUUAAGGGUACAUCUGGAACAUCAGAAGGAGUGAUUAUUAUUUGUAGCAGUGGUGUACCAUGCGAUGGUGUGGAGUUAAAUAAUGUUGAUCUCACAUUCAAUGGAGCACCAGCAGUAGCUAAAUGUUCUCAUGUAAAACCAGUAGUUACAGGAAAAGCUCCUGUUUGCGGAGGUUCAACUUCGGCAUCACCUUCAGCUUCACCAACUUCUCCUUCAGCAUCACCUUCAGCUUCACCAGCUUCAACUUCAGCAUCACCUUCAGCUUCACCAACUUCGGAUUCUACAUCACCUUCAGCUUCACCAGCUUCAGCUUCAGCAUCACCUUCAACUUCACCAGCUUCAAGUUCAGCAUCACCUUCAACUUCACCAGCUUCAGCUCCUGCUUAAUAAUUUUUUUCUUUUAUAAAAAUUAAUUUAAAAAAGUAGACAAACCAUCCCCAUAAUGCGAGGAUGUAGUAAUAUUGUCCUAUAGGAAUACAAAACUUUAUAUGUCUAUUAAAACUAUUUGUAUGUAUAUUUUUUCCUUCUCAAUAAAAAUUAAAUUUCACUUAGUUUGUAUAA